UUUUCAAGUUAACUUUCUGUAUUUCAUCGCGUGUAAACCUUUAAUUAAAGCGCGCUUUCACUGAGAUAGUUAGUCGCUGGCUUGGCUGUGUCUCUUCCACGGGGCUGUGGGGGAUGUCUUUCGCAAUUUUUCUGUUGUCUUGUUUCCCGGCGAGCAAUGUCGGGAUGGGAUUGUGCUCCGCUGAGAGGCCUUUUUCUUUUACAUUUUAACACAGCUACGUUGUUAGCCGGCUAGCCUGUUGUUAAGGUGUCGAGGACAAGCCUGAUGUAACUGCCAGUGUCGUUAGAUAACUGAGCGGAUCUAUAAAUACGUAUAAGACACGAGCAAGCCAGUUAGACGACCGUUGGCUAUCAACUCGGACCAGAUUUAGAUAGCACCGUUAGCUAGCUUCAUCCCCGCUGCAUCGUUUGUUCAGUAUCGACGGUAACGCUACAGUGUCAGCAUUAGCAUGUUGGUAGCUAACUUGAGGCAAUGCUAGCGAGGACAAAGGGACCCUAGUACCAACAGCACCAAGCCGAUUUUUCUAUUUUGUACAUACAGAGUUUUGUAUAUACUGUAUAUGAUGAGCUCGCUGGGCAGCGACAAGGCCCGGGGCCCUCGGGAAAAAGCGCUGCCUGCUGCCACUCACACAUCGCAACCACAGAAACAGAUACAGGCUACUGCUGAACAGAUCCGGCUUGCCCAGGUGAUCUAUGACAAGAAUGAUGCUGACUUUGAGGACAAAGUUAACCAGCUGAUGGAGGUGACCGGGAAGAACCAGGAUGAGUGCAUGGUAGCACUCCACGACUGCAACGAGGAUGUUAGCAGAGCCAUCAACUUUCUCCUGGAAAGCACCUCGGACAUGACCUCAUGGGAGACAGUAGGGAAGAAGAAGCCCCUGGUGAAGGACGGUCCAUCAGACAGCAAGGAGAACAAGGAAAACCGGGAGAAGAAAGGAGAGAGGGAGGCGAGCAAAGGCCGUGCGGCUGCCAACCGCAAGGGCAGGGGGGCCAGUCGCAGUCGACCGGCACGUCCAGAGGAGAACGGUGUGGAGGUGACACCAGUGGACAGAGGUUCAGAUCGAGGUCGGAGGGCCAGAGGCGGUGGUCGAGGAUCUGGAGGUCGAGGCAGAGGCAGAGCACCACCAGGGAGCCGGUUCUCAGCCCAGGGCAUGGGGACCUUCAAUCCAGCAGACUAUACCUCGGAGGCUGGAUCAGGGACCACACAAACUGAGGUGUGGGACACGGCAGCCAAUAACAGCACAGAUGGGACAGUAACCUGGAGACAUACCUUGGAAGACUGGUCAGCUGAGGACUGGAGUGAAGAUGUUAGUCUCUCAGAGACCAAAGUGUUCACUUCCUCAUGUGCACCUCCUGCUGAGAAUCACAUCACACCUGGGCAAAGUCUGGACCUCGCCUCUCUGCUGCAGAAGCCUGUAGUUGGGGGAAGAGAACCACCUUCGUCCUCUUCCUCUCAGAGUCUGGUCUUCACCAACUCCCACCACCAUCACCACCACCAGCCACCGCAGCAACAGCAGCCGCCCCCCAGCCGCAACGCCACCAGUAGCACAAGCUAUGCUCAUGCUGCUCUGUCGUCAGUUCUGGGAGCUGGUUUUGGGGACUUGGGCCAGGCCAAAAGGACUCAGCCCAGCGCUGGAGCUCAGAUACUGGAACAGCUAAAGGGUCCUGGCUUGGGUCCGCUACCCUCAUCCCAGGCCGCACCUCCUGCCAGCACCCAAGGAAGCAACACCUCUAUUGGCAGACUGCCAGGCCUGGGAGCACCUGUACCUCCACCCUCCUCAUCAAGCUGGGACAUUAAGGCGUCGGAAUCCAACACCACCUCGCUGUCCUCGCAGUUCAGCCGUGAGUUUGGCCUGCAGCCAGAGCCUUCUCUUGUGCUGAGCCAGCUGGUUCAGAGGCACGCCGGCCCCUCCUUGCCUCUGGCACGUCAACCCAGUCCUCCAUCGCAACAACAAGCGCCCCCCGCUUCAGCCUCGCCUGCUCCCCACCACACCAGCACGCCAGCACAGGCAGGCCCGGUGAUGGCUGCUGGUGCUAAACUUCCUGCCCCCGGCGCAGGGCUGGACCCUCAGGGCAGCAGUACACCACAGCAGCAACGGGCACAGCUCAAAGGCCAGAAACGAAGGAUACCUCCCACGUCGAAGAUCCCCUCCACAGCGGUAGAGAUGCCAGGCUCAGCUGACGUCCCCGGGCUAAACCUCCAGUUUGGAGCUCUCGACUUUGGCUCUGAGUCGGCAUUGCCGGAGUUCGGAGUUGUGGAUAAUUGUGUGAGUGCGGCAUCCAGGGAGUCCACACCGGCCCCUGCCCCAGCACCACCUGCACCGGGACCAGGGACACAGAGCCAAACAAGCCUGUACUCUAAACCGCUCAGUGAGUCGCUGGGCAGCCCACUCUCCGUUGCCCUGCCUCUUCCCCUCUCCUCAUCAGAGCCAGUAUAUCACUCCUCGGUGCCGCUGCCCAGCCUCACUCCCUCCUCAUUAGGGACUGCCAGCUCCUCCAACCCUUCCUCCUCGUCUUCGACAGCCUCCACCACCUCCUCCUCUGUACCCUCCUCCUCUCACUUCUCCACAGUCGGGGGAAGCUACGAUGGGACCAUGCCCCCUCACACACGGCUGGCCUUUUCCCAGAGCAAAGAGGCCACGGGGCCAGUCAUGAAUGGUCUGAAUGGUGUAAGGACCUCUGCAGCUCUAGACACUUCAUCAGCAUCCUCCACACCGAAGCCAGAGUCGCCGUCUCUAAGCAUCAGCACCAACGGUGCCUCAGCACCCUCCUCCCACUUACCCUCUACCCUGCCUGCACACAGCUCCACCACGCUCUCCAACCUGGCACAGGACCUGCCCUCAGCCAGCCAGCUCAACUCCCUCAACAGCCAUGUCAGCAGUCAUUCCUCAGUUUCAGCUCUGGGCUCCAACUCUCUCACUUACACCAGUGUUGACAACAGCAGCGUGAGCUCUCUCGCUCCUACCACUGGCUCCUACACGUCAUCGCAGCCCUCAGCACUCCACUCUACCCACAACAGCAGCAACAGUAGCAGCGGCAUCAGCCACCUGGCCAACAUGCCCAACAUGGGCAACAACAUGAGCAGCACAGUCGGUGGUAUCGUUGGCACCAGCGGACUUCACUCUGCUGCCAUUGCUGCCAGCACAGCGCUGGGACUUGGCUCCAAUGGAGCUACUGCCACGUCCAACCUCUCUGCCCCCAGGACCACACCCCUUCUCUCCUCCUCCACUGGUAAAGCUCCUCCUAACUUGUCCCAGGGAGUGCCUCCUCUAUUGCCCAACCAGUAUAUCAUGGGCCCAGGGGGGCUGCUGCCAGCAUACCCACAGAUCUAUGGCUACGAAGACCUUCAUAUGCUACAGUCCAGACUGCCAAUGCCCUCUUUGCAGGAUUACUAUGGAAUCACAUUCCCCGGCCCCACAGCGACUCUCUCUGGUAGAGACGGGAGCCUAGCCAACAACCCCUACUCAGGUGAAGUCACAAAGUUCGGCAGGAAUGACUCCACCUCCCCAGCACCCCCCACGAGCCUGGCGGCCCCGCAGCCACCCCAGGGCCAGAGCCAAGGACAGAGCCAGGCGCAGCCUCAGCCUCCCCAGGCCCAGCCUCAGCCGCAGGGCCAGCCGCAGCACCACAGCAGUCAGCAGGCCUUUCUGCCUCCGGGCUACAGCUACACGGGCCUGCCUUACUACCCCGGGGUGCCUGGCGCUGUACCCAGUGCUGCCGCCUUCCAGUAUGGCCCCACCAUGUUUGUUCCUCCCGGGGGCCCCGGACCAGCCUCGGCCAAGCAGCACAGUAUGGGCCUCGGUCUGGGAAACCCCUCGGCGAGCCCCUUCCAGCAGCAGACACAGCAGCAGCCCAGUGGUUACGGCCAGCACACCUUCAGCUCAGGGUAUGAGGAGCUGACAGCGGGGCCAGCAGGAGUGGACUACAGUAAAGGAUACAACUCCUCCUCACAGGCACAAGCCAAAUCUGCUGCUUCUGGGCCCGGGAAAGGCGUCUCAGUGACGUCCAGUAACUCGGGUGUGCCAGACAUCAGUGGAAGUGUUUACAAUAAGACCCAGUCUUUUGAUAAGCAGGGUUUCCAUGCGGGGACCCCUCCUCCCUUCAGUCUGCCAUCAGCACUGGGGGGUCCAGGACCUCUGAACCCUGGAGCAGCUCCUGGAGGCUAUGCACCGGCCCCAUUCCUCCACAUCCUGCCUCACCAGCAACCACACUCACAGCUGCUGCACCACCAUCUAGCUCAGGAUGGACAGGGUGGUCCGAGCCAGCGUGGCCAGUCCAGCAGCCUGCAGCAGAAGAGCCAAGUCAACAAGUCGAGCUACGGCAGCUCCCCCUACUGGGCCAACUGAGAUGGCUACAUCUACGAUGUGUGUCUGUGUGAGUGUGUGUGUGUGUGUGUGUGUACACAGACACUGACACACAACACCACACCCGCGUAUGACUGACAAGAUCAUAGAGGGACAAACCAUUUUACAACACAAGCUAAAACACACACUACCACCCCCCUCCCCUUUGCUCUGUAUAUCCCCUUUUCAAAUUUAUGGCUGUUGUAUGUAAAAUAUAUUUAUGUAUGUAUUUAUACAGUAUAUAUGUAUUGGUAGGACAUAAAAUGUGGUUUUCUGCAUUUUGUUUUUAUUUUGAAGGACAUUUUAUUUCAAAAAAAUGUGGAAAGAUGAGAAUGCUAAAUCAUGGAGAUGAAGUUGGUGAAUAUACUUGAACACAAACAUCUUGUGAUGUGGAUUUUUUUGUAUGCAUACAUGAACUGAGAAUGAUGUACAUAGAUUCUACACAUCAUUUUCACGGCAAAGGCCUUUUUUUAUUUUAGAAGAAAUGCGUUUUUGUAACUUUGGUCUCCCGCAUCUGUGAAUCCUUAUAUUGAGGGUGACUUGAGUUAAUAGCUUGACUUUUCUUUUUCUGCCCCGUUUCCCUCCAUCUGUCUCUCAUUCCUCAACUCUUACUAGUUGGCUGGGUUUACCAGCCAGGCCUUGGAUUUGAUGUCAUUUUAACAUUGGUUUAAUCCUUGUUGUCCAAAUUAAAAGCUCUGAACAGUU